CAGAGCCAACUGGCUCCAAUCACACGACAUUGUGCUGGCUCCAUUGGUGAAAGAGGGCAGAACUGGUAUGCCACUGCCACCCUAGCAACAUGGGAGGCUUCCUGUGUUGCCAUUCCUUCAAUGGAGGAAGCCGCACACUCCAUGUGCACACCAUGCUUCCCCAUUUGAGGAGCUACCAGAGGAGCCGGGCAAAGCAGGAUGUGUGGCAGUGACUUUCUGAUGCCUGGCAGCGAAACAGAGAGCUGGCAAGAGCCGCUGCUGAAGAACAUGAACAGUCCGUAUUUUCGCCACGAAGUUCUGGCUUGUGAGACUGGUGAGCUGAAAAACUUCUGGGAAAAGACAAUUGAGAAGCAAACUCAACAUUCUGAAGCAGAAAAAGAUCGUAAAAAAAGGAGCGCACUGACAAAACUCAGACAAGAAUGGAAAGAAAGGCUGGAAAAAAGGCUGAAGAUGCUGGAAGAACAGGAUGAGAAUGAAGAAGCCCAUAACUGAUCAUCACGUACAUCUGUGUUUGACAGAAAUAUUGCCAUAAGCUAAAUUGAAAGAUAAAAGUUUGUGUUGAGGCAAAGUCCUAAAGUAUGGCUGUUUUCAUUCAGAAACUUCACUGAGUUUGUGUAGGAAAUCCAUGCACUGUAGAUACUACUUUUUGAGUGCGUCUUUGAAUAUUUGAAUCCAUCAAGGGGCUAGUACAGUCACCCUUUAUAUUCCUCUUGAAAGCUUUCUUGGCACUAUAUCAUACGUUCCUAAUUGGCAAUUUAUUGUUGAUAUUAUGGAUAUUAGAUUUGUAAUAUAAAUUGUCCUGUUUUUUUUUCAGGCACUUCCAAUGUUAUGUUGUUUUGCAGCUUUUCAUCAAUUAUGUAGAGCCACAAAUAAAUUUACUAGAUAAAGAAAA